GAUUUAGAGAGUCGGAAUGGCGCAAAAAUCAAACAUGACCCAAGCUGAUCAAGAAAUAGAACUCCCUAAAUCGUGCCUAGCCCCGACAGAAGAUUCGCUUCAAAGACUUACACGUGGAUAUGGUUCAAUGGUGAGCCUCCUUAACUUUAUGUCGGAACAAGCUGAAAUGGAGAAGAAAUGUGUCCAAAUCUAUGCAGAGUUUGAAACAAAGUUUAAGGAGAAGGCCCUUAUUGAAAUUGGCGGCAGCAUGGCAGAGAAUGAUGUGAAUGCUGUCUUGAAAAUCUGGAUGGCCUCUUUCAAGGAAAAGCAGGACCAGCAUAACAAGUUAUUAAACUCAUUGCAUGCUGAGGAUGGCCCCAUUAGGAGCCUUCAGAGGUACAUUAACUCAGAAAAGGUCAAGGCUGAAAGGGAGGCAAUUCUGUCACACAUUGUAGAGGCAAGGGAAAAGCAGGCAGUGCUGGAGAAGGAAACCAGACAGCAGCAGGAGGACUUCUUCAUGGCGAAACACAAGGAGGUUGACUUGAAGCUGCAGCUGGAUGCUGCACAUGACGACCAUGCCAAAUAUGGUGCACUGAUGAUGGAGUGGAAGAAACUGGAGGCGGAUGUUGAGAUGGCCAAGAUCACCUACAGACAGAAACUGGGAGAGGAAAAAUCAACACGAACGACUUUCAUAAACGAAAUGAAAAGAUUCCAGGAUCAGUCUGAUGGUCUGGAGAAGGGCCGCCUCCAAGUCCUGCAACAGGUGAUGACCUCCAUGAUACAAAGCAGCAAAUCAGCAGAAUCCAAGAGGAAAGAGAGACUGGAGCCAUUAUUUGAUGAAGGAAUUUCCCAUCUUGAGAAAUAUGACAUUGAGAGAGAAAUUGCCCUCUUCAAUGAGCACAAUGUGUACAGACAUGAGUUUCCUGUGGAACAGGUACACCCUUCUGAAGUUCUGGCCAAGAAGGAAGCAGAGGAGAAUUCUCUCAUUAAUGAUGCACUGACAACAAAAGCUGACCUAGCAGUUGAGCUGAAAAAUGUCCAAGUUCUGCAGGCUGAAGACCAGAAAGCUGUGUCUCUACGAUCCAUAUUAAAGCUUGCUGUCUCAGAGGAAGAGAAACAAACCCGUCAUGUGAGGUUUGCCAUCCCGAAAAAGUCAGAUAUCAUCUACAUACCUGCUAGAAAGAGAAAGAAAAAGAAGAAAUGUAUAUUCAAGAAGAAAGGGAAGAAACGUGCUAGUAAGAUCAUAUUUCCGAUAGUACCGACUACAGCUGUCGGCAUCACACAUAUUCCACAAGGCCAGUCAGUCAAAGUUUAUGCGAUGAAGGACUUGACUGCUGAGUCAGUGAAUGAUCUCACGUGCAAAGAAGGAUGCAAGAUCCACAUGGUGAAACCAGCGAUGAAUGACCGCGCCUUUGGUUACAUCGAGAAGGGAACAUUUCUCAAGAAAAGGAUCUACGGCUACUUCAACGACCAGCAUGUCAGCAUCUACAAGAAUCAAAAUGCAUCUUCCACCUUCUGGUUCCUUUCUUAAAUAACAUGGACCUAUUUAUAGAUCUCUCCUAAUAGACCUGGGUUUGGACUUGAUAUGGACUUAAAACUUGGAUACUCCUUGAUACAAUCGGGUUUGUUACACUCAUAUAUUGUUUACUCUACUUUUACACAAUUUUACUUGACAUGUGAUAUGAAUUUCAUAGUAUUUUGUGAUGUAAUUGGUGCUGAGGGAUGGGUGAUUUUUUGAGGCAUAGAAUAGGUGUACAAAUCUUUUUAUGAAGAUGAUGAGUAGAUUAAGAGAUUGUUGUCAUAGAACUCUGUAAUGUUUGAAGUUUUCAAAGUACCUGGAUGCAUAUGGGAGGUCACUGCAAGUGGGUCAAGCCCUUUGUAAGGUAUUAGGGAACAUGGGGUAGGAGGUGAGAGAGCUGACCAGCCAACGUUAGAGGUCCCUCAAAUUUCUCGAUUAAACCACAAGAACAGUGUGAUUGGGGUGGAACUUGAGUGCCUAUUUCUACUUUACCUUCAGAGUGGUGUAAUUAGGGAGGAACAUUGAAUAUGUAUGUCUUCAUUAAUCCAUCUAUCCAAUGUAUUCAGGGUCGA